AUGCGUAUCGAAACCUGUUACUUCUGCAGCCGGCCGGCGUACCCUUCCAAGGGUAUCACCUUUGUCAGGAAUGAUGCCAAAGUCUUUCGAUUCUGCCGGUCAAAAUGCCACAAGAACUUCAAGAUGAAGCGUAACCCCCGCAAGCUGAAGUGGACCAAGGCCUUCCGGAAGGCCGCCGGGAAGGAAAUGACAGUCGACUCGACCCUCGUCUUCGGCGCACGGCGCAACGUCCCCGUCAAAUACGACCGCGAGCUGGUGCAGAAGACGCUCAAGGCGAUGGACCGCAUCGGCGAGAUCAGGAGGAGGCGUGAGCGCGUCUUCUACAAGCAGCGCAUGGCCGGCAAGCGGGCACAGGAGCUCCGCGAGGCGCGCAAGCUGGUCUCGACCCACGAGCACCUGCUGCCCGUCAUGCGGGCCAGCGAGCGCAAGAGGCUCGAGCAGGAGGGCGUCGUCGUCGACGAGGCCACCAUCAGGGCGCAGAAGAAGAAGCGCACGGCCAAGGCGUUCGGCGGCGAGGUCAGGAGGAAGAGGCUCACGGUCGACGGCGAUGUGGUGGAGGAGGUGGUCGAGCAAGUCAUGGUCGACGAGGACGCUGGGGACGACGACGACCUCGACGACGACGACAACGACGACGGCGACGAGGACGAUGACAUGGACAUGGACUGA